CCCCCUUUUUUUCCUUAUAAAAAUUUCAGCUUUCCCGCCCACUGAAUUUUCCUCCCAAAUUUCUUCUCUCUCUCUCACUCACACACAGUGUAGAUGCAGCCAAAUCCUCUUUGUAUCAAUAUCUAGCAGUUUAGGGGGUACCCAUUGAGCCAAAAAUGCCUGAUUUUGGCAUUCUUUUGGAUCCUCCAUUGCCAUCAGCACCAGAAGAAUCAUUGUCUUCGUCUUUAGCUUUGAUUUCUUGCCCAAAUCUAGAAGUUUCCUGUGAAUCUGAUACCCAAAUGCAGGAACUAGUUUCUGACCGAAAUUCCCAGCUGGGGUUCCCUAUUUUGAUGAAAGAAGAUGAGUUGAAGCCGGAAAACAAUGGGUGUGUUGAGUUGGUACAAAAGGAGGACGAGCUGAAACAAUUGACACCCAAAUCGAGUGAUUCUGAUAUCCAAAUGCAGGAAAUAGUUUCUGACCGAAAUUCCCAGCUGGGGUUCCCUAGUUUGCUGAAAGAAGACGAGUUGAAACUAUUGACACCCAAAUCCAGUGAAUCUGAUACCCAAAUGCAGGAACUAGUCUUUGACCGAAAUUCCCAGCUGGGUUUCCCUAUUUUGCUGAAAGAAGACGAGUUGAAGCCGGAAAAUAAUGAGUGUGUUGAGUUGGAACAGAAAGAGGACGAGUUGAAACUAUUGACACCCAAAUCCAGUGAAUCUGAUACCCAAAUGCAGGAAAUGGUUUCUGACCGAAAUUCCCAGCUAGGGUUCCCUAUUUUGCUGAAAGAAGACGAGUUGAAACUGGAAAACAAUGGGUGUGUUGAGUUGGAACAGAAGGAAGACGAGUCGAAACUAUUGAUAUCCAAAUCCAGUGAAGCUGAUACCCAAAUGCAGGUACUAGUUUCUGACGGAAAUUCCCAGCUGGGGUUCCCUAUUUUGCUGAAAGAAGACGAGUUGAACCCGGAAAACAAUGAGUGUGUUGAGUUGGAACAAAAAGGGGAGGAGUUGAAACUAUUGAUAUCCAAAUCCAGUGAUUCUGAUACCCAAAUCCAGGUACUAGUUUCUGACCGAGAAUCUCAGCUGGCGUUACCUAUUUUGCUGAAGGAAGACGAGUUGAAACCGGAAAACAAUGGGUGUGUUGAGUUGGAACAGAAAGAUGAGUUGAAACUGGAAAAUAAUGGUUGUGGUGAGUUGGGAAUCAGGGUAUUAAUACCCAAAUCGAGUCAAUCUAUUACCCAAAUUGAGGAACUAGUUUCUGACCCAAAUUCCCAGCGGGGGUUCCCUAUUUUGCCGAAAGAAGACGAGUUGAAACUGGAAAAUAAUGGUUAUGGUGAGUUGGGAAUAAGGGAUUUGAUAUCCAAAUCCAGUCAAUCUGAUACCCAAAUGCAGGAACUAGUUUCCGACCAAAAUUCCCAGUUGGGGUUCUCCUUUUUGCAGAAAGAAGAGUUGAAACCGGAUAACAAUGGUUGCGUUGAGUUGGAACAGAAAGAUGACAAGUUGAAACUGGAAAAUAAUGGUUGUGGUGUAUUGGGAAUCAGUGUUUUGAUAACCAAAUCCAGUGAAUCUGAUACCCAAAUGCAGGAACUAGUUUCUGACCGAAAUCCCCAGCUGGGGUUCCCUAAUUUGCAAAUAGAAGACGAGUUGAAACCGGAUAACAAUGGCUGUAUUGAGUUGGAACAGAAAGAAGACCAGUUGAAACUGGAAAAUAAUGGUUCUGGUGAUUUGGGAAUCAGGGGUUUGAGGUCAAGUGGUGGUGGGUCGGUGGCGAAAAAGAGUUUGGAUGAGUUUGUUAAAGAUUGGGUUGAGAGGAAGGUCAAUGCUGGUGUAGAUAAACGCAAUUGUGUAUUGCCAUUCCUUAUUCAUGCUCCAAAAUUGGUUGAGUGCUCUGUUUGCCAAGGAUUAAUUUUUCCAGGUGAUGAGGUAGAAUGCUCUGUUCGAGAUUGUAUGGGAGUUUUCCACUUAGAAUGUGCUAAAGAAAGACUUGGGUUAUCUUCUCCCAAAAUGUUUAAGUGCCCUCAACAUGUAUGUUAUGUUUGUAAUAAAAAGAUACAUCUCUGGCGGUGCAUCAGAUGUCCACUAGCAUCACAUGAUAAGUGUGCAGCAUUUCCGGAGCACGUGGUUCAUUUGAAUGAUCAGCCAGGGCGAGUUAUUUGUUGGAAGCAUCCAUCCGAUUGGCGUAUGGAGAAGCAUGAAGCCCCUACAAGUAAUUUGGAGGAGAUACUAGCUAAUUUGCCUGUACCAUAUGUGGAGGAGGAGUUCAAGAUUGACAUAAAUUGGAAAGACAUGAUUGACAACAGAUCUGAACCACCUCCAUACGUGCAUAUCAAGAGAAAUGCUUACCUCAUUAAGAAAAAGCGUGAUGGCGUUAUUGCUGAUAUUGGGUGCACACACUGCAAAUCCACAGAAUGCUCGGACAAUUGUGUUUGCAGGGUUCAAUGCAUAAGUUGUUCGAAGGCGUGCCGUUGCUCUGAUAUGUGCUCAAACAGACCGUUUCGGAGAGAUAGAAAGAUACAAGUUGUCAAGACUGAGCUUUGUGGUUGGGGGGUAGUAGCAUCUGAAUCCAUAAACAAAGGUGAUUUCAUAAUUGAGUACAUUGGCGAAGUUAUUGAUGAUGCCUUGUGUGAAAAAAGGCUAUGGGACAUGAAAUACAAGGGAGUUCAAAAUUUUUACAUGUGUGAACUACGGAAAGAUUUCACAAUUGAUGCAACUUUCAAGGGAAACUUGUCCCGUUUUCUCAACCAUAGCUGUGAACCUAAUUGCAAAUUGGAAAAAUGGCAGGUUGAAGGUGAGACUCGAGUUGGUGUCUUUGCUGCUAGAUACAUUGAAGUAGGAGAACCUCUGACCUAUGAUUACAGAUUUGUUCAGUUUGGUUCAGAAGUGAAGUGCCAUUGUGGAGCUUCGAAUUGUCAAGGAUAUCUUGGCAGCAAAAAGAAAAUCACAAGUAAACUGGACAUCAGCUGGGGUUCGAAACGCAAGAGAACAUCUACUUCUUGCCUUGCCAUCGUUAAAUUGAAUUCAUUUUAGCCUAUUAUUAUUUUACUCGAUCAUUUUAGUAUAUCGCGUUUUCUACAAAAGAUGCAAUAAACCAAAAGAAAGCCAUUGUCAAAAGGAGAGGGAAAAAAAGGAACAGAAAGAUUGUUGUUAUAAGCAUUGUUACAUUGAUUUAUACUGCAUUUGUUAUUUCACUUUUAUUCUGAAAAAAAAUAUGACAGAAUCCUUACCUUAUAAUGAUUAAGUUCUUUUUAUCUUA